GCAUGCGUGGAACGCGCCGGGCGUCCCGUCCGUGGAGAGGUUAGAGGUCGCGAGGAAUAUCCCGACGCCGGCACUCUGGAGGAAUCCGCUGCCACGCGGCUCCACCGGGCGUGGGGCGGCGCUGAGUAUUUUAGUGCAGCUUCCAGGAGUUACACUCUUCCCGUUUAUUCCCGUUCCUUUUCUAAAGGGGGCCCGCGGCAGUCGGAAAACCCGGACACACGGAUCACCCCAGCUGCGGACCGACUUCCCUUCCCAGGCAGGAAGGGAGGGGGCGGGAGAAGCAGUGCGCCCCACGGGCCGCGCAUGCGCCGCUCACAGGCAGCCCCUGGAGUGGAAUCCAGUUGCCAGAUUCGCCGCCACGCCAGGAGUGCGCCUGCGUUGUCGCCGGGUCCCUCCACCUCCACUUCCCCUCCCCCUGUCCCCCCGCGGGGCUCCGGGUCCGGCGGGACCAUGUUCACCAGCACCGGCUCCAGUGGGCUUUAUAAGGCCCCUCUGUCCAAGGGUCUUUUGCUGGUCCCCAGUGCCCUGUCCCUCUUGCUGGCCCUCCUCCUACCGCACUGUCAGAGGUUCUUCGUGUAUGACCUCCAAGCCAUCAAGGAUGACUUCCAGAUUUGGAGGUUGAUAUGUGGAAGAAUAAUUUGCCUUGAUUUGAAAGAUACUUUCUGCAGUAGUCUGCUUAUUUAUAAUUUUAGGAUAUUUGAAAGAAGAUAUGGAAGCAGAAAAUUUGCAUCCUUUUUGCUGGGUUCCUGGGUUUUGUCGGCCUUGGUUGACUUCAUCCUCGUUGAGGCUGUGUGGUAUUCCUUUGGUAUUGCUGCAGCCGGGAAUUUGCCUUCUGGAUUCCUGGCACCUGUGUUUGCUCUGUUUGUACCAUUUUACUGCUCCAUACCGAGAGUCCAAGUGGCACAAAUUCUGGGCCCAUUGUCCAUCACAAACAAGACAUUGAUUUAUAUAUUGGGACUACAGCUUUUCACCUCUGGUUCCUACAUCUGGAUUAUAGCCAUAAGUGGACUUAUAUCAGGCAUCUGCUACAACAGCAAAAUGUUUCAAGUUCACCGGGUUCUCUACGUUCCCAGCUGGAUGGCACAGUUCUUUUCCCGGACACUUGAGCCCAUCUUCUCAUCUUCAGAACCCACGGCCGAAGCCAGAGUCGGAAUGGGGGCCACAGUGGACAUCCAGAGACAGCAGACAAUGGAGUUGCUGGACCGGCAGCUGAUGCUGUCUCAGUUUGCCCAAGUGAGAAGACAGAGGCAGCAGGGAGGAAUGAUCAAUUGGAAUCGUCUUUUCCCUCCUUUACGUCAGCGACGAAAUGUAAACUAUCAGGACGAUCGGCGGUCUGAACAACAAGCAUCUCCUCCUCUAGAGGUUUCUGAGGAACAGAAUCUUCACCACUGUCACCAUAAAAACUCACCUGAUAACAAACAGUUCCCCCUCACUAACAUGUAUGUAUUUUGGGGUACACUUUGUACUUCUGUGUAUUUAUAAUUGUGAGUUGGGAAUUGGUCCAGCAGUGACUCAGCUUUUAUUUCCCUGGUGAUGGCGAGCUCCAUGAGGGCUAAUCCCAUCUCUUCCUGUUUCCCAUGCCACACGGAGCCUGACACACAGAAGGUGCCCGACCGUGGUUAGAGCAGGGCUAAACGUGAAGGUGUGAGAGUGGUAUUAUGUCAGACUUUUCCAUCUGUAGGCUGGAAAUAGGUUUUCUCAGAGAAUAGCAAAGCUAACUGUGUUAGAAUGAAAUAUUGUGUGGCAGUCAAAUAACCAACUCCGGGGGGGGGGGGGGUGCCUCAUUCUGCUGUGUCUUCUAAAAGAUAUAAGCAGUGGAGCUCAUCCAGUCUGUUGUGAGGGCCUUCUCAGUACCAAAGCCUGAGCAAAGCAGAAAUGCAAAAAUAAGGGGCCUCUGAGCAGCCUGUAGCCAGACAGGAGCAUAAAAUAACCAGAAACCAUCCACUCCCCCAAUGUGUGUGAUCAAAGGGGUUCAGCAUUUCUGAGGAGGAGGGGAAUGGCCAGGUAUCCAGGGGAGAGAAGCACACUGAACCACAGGUGACCUGACCGUGCACUUGCAGUGGGGAAGCCAUGAGGUAGGAGAGUCAGCUUGCCCUGAGCGGCAACAUGGUUGUUAUAAUGAAGGGGAGGGAAGGGUGAGCCACAUCCCCAAGACUUCUGCUGGGGUGCUCCUCCCGUCAGGGCCUGCGUGUGGCCCAGAUGGUGUUGUGCCGUGAGGGGGCAACCAGCGUAGGAUUGGGGCGGGCAUCAUUCAGGUGGGCAUCACUUCCUGCAAGCGUCAGAAUUUGGGAAGUAGAACCCAAAAACCGUUUGUUUUUGACACCCUUAGCUAAAGGGAAGUUAAAGAAAACCACAGUCUUCACUUGAACAAAACAAGAGGAGUAUGUCACUGAGAGGAAUUGCCAUGUUUCAUUGGGAUGAACAUCCUGAUUCACUGGUGCCAGAGAGUAGUUGCAUCGUCGGUAGAAGGCAAAGUAGGACUUCAUUUAUUUUCUUGAGUGAGAAUUACCUCGAGAUCGGAGGCCCACAUGUCCCAAAUCAUCGAGGAUUGUUUUUUGUUUUUUAUUUUUGUUUUUUGUUUUUUCUAAGGAAAGGAAAACUGAUAGGGAUUUAUUUCCAUGCCUAUAGGUUUCUUUUCUUAUUCAACAGGGUCUUUCUUUGGAAAACGUAUUCUAGGAAAAACUCAUUCUGCCUUGUCUGUCUUCAGAGCACUGCCAUCGGUGGUGGGAGAGCUCACCUGCGGCACCUGCUCCUGUCCGCGUUCCCUGCCUUGUGUGGGGCUGGCACACGGGGGGCCACGGGCCCUUGACCAAGAGCUGCCAGCAGAGUCACAGGUCGCUGGGCGGAUGUGCCACACGGCUAGGCUAGAAUUCCAGUGCCCGCCCCUCAUUGCCGACCCUUAUGCAGAGAUACCUCUGAACCUUCCUCUAGAAAGCCAAGUCUUCAGUUACAGAAGACAGGCAUCUGGGGUUACACUCAGGCACCUUCUGUUUUUAUGAAUGAGGGAUGUGGGAGACAGGAGGGCCUAACACUCUGCAUGUUAUAACCCAAUUACUGUUUAAAGCAAAUAGAGAAAAGGAUUAUUUUGUUUAGACUAGAAACCCAGAUGAACUCUAUUCUGAUGUUCUGUGGUGAGAAUGUUUAGACAGAAGAUUCCCUGUGAUGCAUGAGCAGAAGGAGGGGACUUAACUGUGCUCCAAGAUGGAGAAGGAAUGUUGAAAGAAAUGCUUUUCAGAAAAUUCUAUGGGCCCUUUUUUUUUUUUUUUUGGUAAGUUUCCCAGACAGACCACUGCAAAGCCAGCCAGUCCGAGACUGACUGAGACACCAGGUGUGCAUCUGCAGGUCUCAUGGUGGCAGCGGGUGUGUGCAGCGUCCUGAGUGUUUUACCAGCUUUAUCAUUCCGGCUCCAAGCUGUUUAUUGGUGGUCUUCCCCCAGCAGACGGUCAGUUACUUAAAGAACUUACAUCACUAAACUGAAACUCCUUCUCUAGCCACUGCUGGGCACGUUCUUAGUGCCAGGCUCUGUGUCAGGUGGGGGACACAGCAGGCACAGUCCCAGCCCCCACAGAGCUCACCGUCUGCCUGCCGGGGAAGACAGGCAACACGGAAAUCACUCAUCCCAGCUCACCGCGGAUACUUCACACAGACCCUCGGGGAGUCUGUGAACGUUCGGUGAAUGAAUGACAUUCCUAUACUGUCCACAACUUGACUUAAACCGAUCAGGAGGUGUUUUUGUAUUUUUAUCUUAUAGUCAAGACCAUGGACUUUUCUCUUCCCAUGGACGUUCUAUCUGAUCAGGUAACAGAUGGCUCUCAUUCCAAGAGCUGAACUGAAAAGACAAGAAACAGCCUGUAGAGGAAAGAAAUUAGGUUUCCAGUGUGAUUUGAUGUGUUAUGUGGCUAAUAUAUAUGCCUUGGAUGGGGAGGGAGGUGAACUGAGUAUCUGUAAAUACCAUUAUUUAUAUAAUCAUCACAGCUGAAUAUUUGCUAGAAUGUAUACAAAUAUAAAGUUUUCUAAGAGUCACUAAAAUAAUGUGGGCUUUUAGAAUUUUAUGCUCACCUUUUAAGAAAAGAUUUUUCCUAUCUUUUCUACUUCAUCUGGGCUCACCAUGUUAGUUUUCUUAGGCCAGUUCUUGCAUGUGCCAUUUAAACACUGGAAAUAUGUAACAAAUCAUUCUGGCGUUGGUUUUAAGCGUGGCUGUGUUUAACUGUGGCAGGAUGUGUACAUGAGGGCGAAUUUCACCUUGAACCCCGUGUUUGACUGAGCGUCCCGGGAGGGCCGAUUUUCUGCCCAACACUCUCCUUCCAGCCGCUCAGUGCUCGCUGGGGCUCCCUGAGAACACGCAUCCGCUUGAUCAUUGUAAAACACACAUCAGUGUUUCGACCAACAAAGGAUAUAAAGCAAGUAAAGUGAAAGCAGCUCAAGUGAAUGCUGAAAACCAAAGCCAGGGGUGGUUUUGUCAGGCUGUGGGAACCUCUGAACUGAGGCCGCAAGGGUCACAGGGAAGGACUCGCACACCUGGGCCAGUCAGUCUUCAGCAGGGUGAGAAUUAUGACAGGGGGCCGUGCUCACUGAGCACCUGUCAGGCGCCAGCUACCAGGCGACCAGGCCAGGUCCUUCACUCACGUCUCUUAUCGCCAGACUGUGGGAGCACUGAGAGCCCACGGUGUAGUGGCCCACCUGACUCACGUGGUGAAUACAUGGCGUAUGGGGGCCUGAGCCCAGAGCUCAGACUCUCCCUGCCCACUGACAGGCUCACUCCUCCCAGCAGUGGUGGCUGGGAUGACUCUCUGGCACUUGGGUAACAUCUAAAAUGGCUGCCAGCCUCCUCUGUGUUUUUCUUUGAAGGAAUUGGGCACUUUGGGAAGCCUGUGUGUAUUUGUGCAUCUGACCACAGGUCUGCAUAGGUCUCGGUUUUCUCUUUCUGCCAUUUGAGCACAGGAGUUCAUGCUUCACGUGCUAAUGCAACCUUCACACAGAGACAAUGACAGAGUGCGCUAGCACUGGGCAAGUUGGGCUUCUCCGCACAGGGAACUAUAAGUCCGCGACAAGUAAAGGCUGCAUUGUUACAAUUGUUACAUGACAACGAGAUUGUUCUGCCACCCAGGGGAGCUGGAGAUCCCCAGUUCGGCUCCAGUUCUUAUAUCUGGAUGUGAGCUUUGAACCAGCUCCCAAGAAAGGACAGCAGUGGGGUGCACAGCCCCCUUCCAGGCAGCCUCCACUGAGAGAUGCCAGCAGUUAGAAAACACCUGUUGAACCUGCUGUCUCUCUGCUUCUCGUCUUUUCUGGCUGAUUAUUGUCCACAUUCCUAAGCCCAAGCAUACAAUUUCAUUUUUCCUUAGAUGUUUACUAUUUGGGACACCAGAGGAAACGUACAGAUACACUUUCUUUUUUUUUUUUUUUUUAAUAUAUGAAAUUUAUUGUCAAAUUGGUUUCCAUACAACACCCAGUGCUCAUCCCAACAGGUGCCCUCUCAAUACAGAUACACUUUCUUAGUGUAAUUGUUCAGUUUUUAAAAAGAAUUGUUAACAUUAUUUCUACUUUGUUUUUUCAUCU